UCACGCCGCUCCCACCGCCGCUGCCGCUGCCCAGGGCUGCGGAGCAUGGACUGUUAAAUCUUGCACUUCUUCCGUGUGAGGAUUCUUCUGCAUUCUCGAUGACAAGAACAGCCAGAGCCUCGUCCAUCUGCUCAUGAUCUUCGCUCCCGUUGCUUGAAUCCUAUUCCUGGGCUGCUGGGUCUUCCAUCCGUGCUCGACUGCGCCCCCUUCAGUCCGCUGGCCAGCAUUAUCCUGUGAAUCUCCAGCUGAACCCUUGCCGCCAGGAUGGGGAAACAGAACAGCAAGCUGCGCCCAGAGGUCAUGCAGGACUUGCUGGAGAGCACGGACUUCACGGAGCACGAGAUCCAGGAGUGGUACAAAGGCUUCUUGAGAGACUGCCCCAGCGGACAUUUGUCGAUGGAAGAGUUUAAGAAAAUUUACGGGAACUUUUUCCCUUACGGGGAUGCUUCCAAGUUUGCAGAGCACGUCUUCCGCACCUUCGAUGCCAAUGGAGAUGGGACAAUAGACUUCAGAGAAUUCAUCAUAGCCCUGAGUGUGACAUCGAGGGGCAAGCUGGAGCAGAAGCUGAAAUGGGCCUUCAGCAUGUAUGACCUGGAUGGAAACGGUUACAUCAGCAAGGCAGAAAUGCUAGAGAUUGUGCAGGCGAUCUACAAGAUGGUUUCCUCCGUAAUGAAGAUGCCUGAGGAUGAGUCAACCCCAGAGAAAAGGACGGAAAAGAUCUUCCGCCAGAUGGACACCAACAGAGAUGGCAAACUCUCCCUGGAAGAGUUCAUCCGAGGGGCCAAGAGCGACCCGUCCAUCGUGCGCCUCCUGCAGUGCGACCCCAGCAGCGCCGGCCAGUUCUGAGCCUGCACCCACGAAUCAUAGAGCUGCUUGUGUUGCUCCCUUUUGAUUUUUCUUUUUAACAAUUUUUUUUUUUUUUUUUUGCCAAACAACAUUGACGGUGAUGCUGUUCCCCCCGCAGUCAGAUGCACCUUCCUCCGAGCCGCCUUCAGCUUCUUUUGUCGUGGACGCUUCGUGGGAAUGCCCAGAGCCCCAACGCCUCGUGGAGCGCAUGGACCGUGCUGUCGUGCACAGACUUUGUGGUGUUCGUUGUUCUGACGAUUUUCAUCGUUAUUAUUAUUUUCUCUUGAUUCUAAUGUCUCUGUUCUAAAACCGAAGACGCGAGGAGGCAGGAGAAGGGAACCCAA